AUGGUCAAUAGCUACACCCCGUACCCAUCCCUUCCUCCUGUCAACUACCGGGACCAGCCGUCGCCGGUAAUCGAUCAGAGCACAAUGUCUCGCCCUCACCCAUUCAUCGGGCAGCCCAUAAUCUUCCUCAGUGCAAUUCCCCCGGGUGUGCACGAGAACGAUCUAAUCGAUGUACUCCAGAGGGACGGGAUCACCUCGGUCUCGGUCAACAUCCACGACGCUGUCCCCUACAAUGAGCGCGUGUGGCCAGACGUGUACUAUGACUGGAUGCCUCGGAAUGGCACUCUCCAGUUCCAUCAUCUGCAUGAAGGUCAGUACGUCCAAGCCGGCACCAGCGGGCCAUCUCGCCCAUAUGGGCAGAUUGACUUCUGCAACCUCCUGGUUAAGAACUUGGACAGUGACAUCAGCGGGCACUACCUAGGCGAGAUGUUCAACCAGUUAGGUCGAGUUACGAAUGCGCGGGUGAUGCGCGACGACCAGGGCAGGUCUCGUGGGUUCGGCUUUGUUGCCUUCAUGACGGCGGCGGAAGCCGCUCACGCCUUGGAGAAGAUGAACAACACUCAGUUCGGCAGCCAGCGCAUCACUGUUCAGUACCAUCAGCAUCGCAAGGGGGCUGGCCCGAAGCCGAACAGGCGCUUCAGUGCCAAUGCAACUACUCCCGACUCGCACAACAUUACGGCUAUGGGCUCUCCGCGUGGUGGUCGUUUCGGUUCGCCUCGCCCGCCCUUGCCUCUUCUCGGUGAGACCAACCGAAACCGCAAGCAAUCCAAGGACGGUUCCAUCGAGGGUGCCGUCAUGAAGAAGAACAAUGGCGACAAGGUGCCCCAGCCCAAGCGAAGCCCCGCUGAGCUCGAUGCCCGACUGAGGGCAGAGAUCGCUCGUAUCGAUCCCACGGAUGCUGGCACCAUCAUGGCUAUCAUGAAGGCAUCGUUCCAGAAUGGUGAUCUCGAGCGAUGCCUCGAAAGCAAGGCCCUGCUUGUGACUCACUACGGAACCGCCAAGAAGAUGCUCGCUCGUCACCACCAGACUGAGCACAAGCCGACCCCAGUGUCACCAGAGAAGAACGAGGAGGAUUCCAAGACUCAGUCGAUGCCCCCUCCACCAGAGGAGAGCCCGAAGAUUGAGGUCAAGAUGGACGUGAGGCCAGCAUCUGCGGCCCCCAGGGUGGAACCCUCCAAGCCGGUGACAGUGGCAGUCGACAAGUUGAGCCUACCAGCACUGAGCUCGAUGUCGGCAGAGGGCAUUGUCAACAUCCUUAAAGGCCCUGACGGUGAUGCCCUCCUCAAGAACCUGGGUGUGGUCAAGGCUCCACGCCCUGAUCCUCCUGGCUCGCCUGACUGGACGCAGGACCUCGCAUCCAAGUCUCCGGCUGAGCGCAAGGUGCUCAUCUGUCGCCAGAUGUGCAUGGUGGUCGACAACAAGAGCAUUGGCGGCAAGAGCAAGGCAAUGAAAAUUGCCCGCGAUAUUGUCAACGCCGAGAGUAAUGAGCAGGCUCUCUGCCAGUUGGUUCGCUAUCCUGCCAUCCUCCAAGCCAAGUUCUUCGCCCUAGCUCAAAAGUCAUUCGCCUCUGCCUCCACCUGGGUGUAG